UAAAAAUUUAAAUAAAAUCACGUCUUUGGUUCGUAUUCGUCGUAAUUCGUAAAAUUUCGGAAGGCAUUUUGACGUCGUCGUGCAAAAUACCGAAAAGACUGAAUCCGGAAGUGCCCUUUAUUUGUUUUCCUGUUGUGCGCGUUUUCGUCUUCUUAUCGGACUCUUCGGAAGGUGACCGUUGCGUUUCUUUCAAUCCCAUCUGACUGCUGCGUGUCGUUCGAGUCCUUUAAGCUGGCUGGACAGGAGGUUGUGACUGUGGACCUCCAGGAGGUCGAGGAUGGAUCGUCGGGACCCGAGACCCGCUUGGAGGCGGCCACUCCGACGACGACGGCGCAGCCACCACCGCCGCCCGCGUCUCCCUCUCAUACCGUCAUGACAGGUAAAGCACAAAUUGAAAUCAUCCCUUGCAAGGUGUGCGGUGAUAAGAGCAGCGGCGUCCACUACGGGGUGAUAACAUGCGAGGGAUGCAAAGGGUUUUUCCGGCGAUCCCAGAGUUCAGUGGUGAACUACCAAUGCCCGAGGAACAAGAACUGCGUGGUUGAUAGGGUGAACAGGAAUCGAUGCCAGUAUUGCCGCCUCCAGAAAUGCCUGCGACUUGGCAUGAGCCGGGAUGCCGUGAAAUUUGGGCGGAUGUCUAAGAAGCAGAGGGAAAAAGUCGAGGACGAGGUGCGGUUCCACAGGGCACAGCUCAGGGCGCAGAGCGAUUCGGCACCGGACAGUUCCGUGUUCGAACAGCAGACGCCCUCAAGCAGUGAUCAACUUCAUCACAAUUAUAACGGAGGAUAUACGUACAACAGUGAUGUUGGAACAUACACUCCUACGUAUUAUACCGGCCAGACACAAGUGCAAGCGAAUUCAAUGGGAUAUGAUAUAUCUGCGGACUACGUGGACAGUACAACCACCUACGACCCUAGGCCAAGUCUGGAUGCCCUCAGUGACACGGGAAGCCUAAUGUCGAACGUCGUGAACACAGGUAAUACUAACAAUGGUGUGAACGGGGGUAGUGGUGGCGGGAAGCAAUCGGUUUCGAUGUCGGAUGCACGUAGUUCAUUUAAACGGGGUGGUGCGACCCAAACGACGACUAAUAGUAACAGUAUGUCAGGUACUGGCGUCGUGUCCAUCAAGCAGGAAGGCCCAGUGGACACUUUAGUGCCUAGCUAUGUUGACAGCACCACAUUUGUAAACUCACCCAAUGUGCAAUCUAACAAUGCCACCAGGCAGCAGGCCAGUUCACAGAGCAUACAGCAAAGAAGUAACGAUGACUGUGAACCUGUUUCAUUGCCUAAUCCCAGCCAGAUAUCGGAGCUUCUGUCGAAAACAAUAUUAGACGCACACGCUCGUACAUGCUUGUACCAAAUGGAUCACAUACGCGAGAUGUUCAAAUGCAAGCCCGACCACGAUCUCUCAAGACUUUUGUACUAUAAGAAUAUGGCGCACGAGGAGCUGUGGCUCGAAUGCGCCCAGAAGCUCACCACAAUCAUCCAGCAGAUCAUCGAGUUCGCCAAAAUGGUACCUGGUUUCAUGAAGCUCUCGCAGGACGAUCAGAUCGUGCUGCUGAAGGCCGGCAGCUUCGAGCUCGCCAUCAUACGUAUGUCCAGGUAUCUGGAUCUGUCCCAGAACUGCGUUCUCUACGGGGACACGAUGCUACCGCAGGAUGCGUUCUUCACAUCGGACACCGCCGAAAUGAAGCUCGUGACGUGCGUCUUCGAGGUGGCCAAGAGCGUAGCCGAAUUGAAGCUCACCGAAACGGAAUUAGCUUUAUAUUCAGCCUGCGUCCUUCUUUCACCUGAUCGGCCCGGUCUGAAGGGUAUCGGUGAGAUAAGCCGAUUGAGUCAAGCGGUUGUGAGAGCCUUACGACUUGAAUUAGAAAGGAACCAUUCACUUCCAAUCAAGGGAGACGUAACUGUUUGUGAUGCCUUGCUUACUAAGAUACCUACAUUACGAGAAAUAAGUAUGUUACACAUGGACGCAUUAGGGAAGCUGAAAAGAUCUGCACCUCAUUUAGAGUUCCCUGCCUUACAUAAGGAACUGUUCAGCGUGGACAGUUGAGAUAAUUGUUCAGCAUCCUCCGAUCUGUAGUCCGCAGCCUUGGUUAGCCAUGAUUCCUUCAUACUGAUUGUAUCGGCCUUAAAUACAUAAAUAUAUAAACAAA